AAGUGGAAUUGCAAGGUAAUUAGUGCGAAAACGGUUAAUUUGCUGUUGAAUUUUUCUUCAUCGACGGUCAUUUGUUUGAGUGCGAAAUGUUUGUGUGAAUGUGUGCGGUGAAUGUGAACUGAAUUGAAGCGAAAGAGAAGGAGAGAGAGCGAGAGAAGGUUCGGUUUUUUUUGGGGCGAGUAUAUUGAUACAUCGUAUAGAGAAUUAUCAAUGUCGCUGCUAUUAAUGAGCGCCAUGCAUUUUACGAAAGCGUGCGUGUGUCACACAGGCAUCUCAUGAGUUCAUGUAUAUGCUAGUAUGAGUAUGUGGUAUGAGCGUGAUGACGCUGCAAUUGUAUGCGUUUUUUCUUUCUCAUAUAGCGUCAUUGCCAAUUCAGACAUUGCAUAUGUAUUGUUGUUGUUGUAGUAAUCGAGUUUCUUUUUUGCGCUCACUCUCUCAUCGUUCGCUUUACCACCAAUUUUCAUUCUUCGGCAUUCAAAUGAAAAAGUGAUGUGGCCGGUGAAUGACCUAUUUUAAUCAUAUGCAACUAUAUAGCUAAUGCAAACCAAAUUCCUCGCCGUCACUAUUUAUGCGACAUAUUUUUUUUUGUAUUGUUGUUUGUGUGUAAACGCGGAAAGGGAAACUCGAGAGAAGCAAAUCAAAACGGCGAAAAACUAACAAACGCGAUAAAAUUGAACUGAAAUAAAACAAAAAAACUAGCAAGAAAUUACUUCGACAUUGAAAUCAAAACGACGACCGAUUUUUUGAGGUUAUGAUUCCUCCAAACUUGUUUCAAUCCAUUUGUAACAAUCGAUCAUAGAAUUGAAUAACAACGCGCUACAUUUUUUUUUUCUCGCAAUUUUUAACAAAUUUGUGCGUGUAUGACACCAUUCAUUUUCACGUAGUGAAUUUUUCGAUUCAUUUUAAGUCAAAAUAAUCUCUUUUUCAAAUGAAAUUGAGAUAUGUUCCGAAUAAUGGCAGAAUCUGAUGAUGAAUACGAUCGCAAACGGCGUGAUAAAUUCCGCGGUGAACGAAGCUCCGGCGACAAUUACCGAUCGGACCGACGUGACGAUCGCCGUGGCAGAGAUGAUUGGACAGAUAGACGCCGUCCUGAUUAUCGCGAAUAUCGACCACGCGAUAGAUUUUCUCCAGACCGAGGUGGACCACCGAUGAAACGAAUGCGCAACGAUUGGCCCGGCGACGAUCGACGCUAUCAUGGUCACGAUGGUUUUGGCGGCGGCGGUGGUUAUGGUGGAUGGAUGCACGAGCCGGGCUAUCCACCACAUGGACAGCAAUUCGGUGGUAAUUUUGGCAACACACCUCCAUCGGGUGGCAUUCAUGGACGAUUGGGCGGUGGAGGCGGAGGCGGAGGCGGUGGCGGUGGUGGUGGUGGUGAUCCAUUACCAAAUCCUGAUAUGCAAACGCAACCGGCUAUGUUGACGCUAAAGCAAUUUUUGGCCACCCAAGAUGACUCCAUUUCCGAUUCGGAUGCCAUCGAAAAGUAUAACGAAUACAAAGUGGAGUUCAAGCGUCAGCAACUCAAUGAAUUUUUCGUUGCACACAAAGAUGAAGAAUGGUUCAAAUUGAAAUACCAUCCCGAGGACUCGUUGCGGCGAAAACAAGAGCAACUCGACUUCUUGAAGAGACGAACGGAUGUGUUUUCGGAUGUGCUGAGCACGGGACAGGUGACGAGUGUAAACGUUGACACGAAUCAAUCGGAUAAAUUGUUGCGACUGCUCGAUACCGUUGUUAUCAAAUUGGAAGGUGGUACCGAUGAAGAUUUAAAGGUCUUAGAUGAAAAACCAAAUGUCGAGUAUAACAAACCAGAACCACCGAAAGAACCAUCGGUAAUAACGGCUACAGCCAAAACGGUGUCCGCACAAUCCACCGUUGAAGCAAAAGCCGAUGACGGUGAGUUGAACGAAAACGAUGAGGAUAGCGCCGAGAUGAAGGAAGUCGAAGCAAAUGCCACUGAAGACACUAAUGCAACUGACAAAACCGCCAAUGCUGACGAAAAACCAAGCAAAAAACGAAAACGUACCACAUCCGGAUCCAGCUCUAGCUCAUCCAGUUCGACUAGCUCCAGCGAAGACGAAGAUGAGGAAGAGCAAGAAAAACCAACUGAAACUGGCGAGGAAAGUGAAGCGUUACCAGAAACCAAGCAGUCAGAAGCGGUGAAUGACGAUGAUGAGCCGAUGGUCGAAGUGAAAACCGCAGAAAAUCUGGAAAAUGGCUCGCCAAACGAUGAAACGGCAUCACAAAAAGGGAAUAAAGAAGCGGACAACAGCAAGGAGUUGGCCGAAGGCGAACUGGCCGACUUGUCCGGUGACGAAUCAAAAGCAACCGAUGCACCAGAAACUAUUGACUUGGCCGAUUCAAAGAGUGAGACAGACGAAAAGCCUGGCGCGCGUGCAUUGCAUAAGACGAGUUCGAUAUUUUUGCGAAAUUUGGCGCCAACGAUAACGAAGAGUGAGGUGGAGGCGAUGUGCAAACGAUACAAUGGUUUCUUGCGUGUUGCAAUCGCUGAUCCGUUGGUGGAACGACGAUGGUUCCGUCGUGGUUGGGUGACAUUCAAGCGUGACACAAACAUCAAGGAAAUCUGUUGGAAUCUGAAUAACAUUCGAUUGCGUGACUGUGAACUGGGUGCCAUCGUAAAUCGUGACCUAAGCCGUCGUGUACGUCCCGUAAACGGAAUAACAGCACACAAAACCAUUGUGCGUAGCGAUAUCAAGUUGUGUGCCAAGAUUGCGCAUAAUUUGGAUCAAAAAGCCAACCUUUGGACCGAUGAAACCAAUGAAAAUUCGUCCAAUGGCAAUCAAACGUCGUUCGGUUUGAAUUCGAACAAUCCCGUGCUGCAAAACAUUACCGACUACUUGAUCGAAGAAGCAUCGGCCGAAGAGGAGGAAUUGUUGGGUUUGUUAUCAAGCGAAAAUAAAGACAGCGAAGGUGAAAGCCUAGAACGUGAACCACAAUUGAUUAACGUAUUGGAUAAAUUGAUUUUGUAUCUGCGUAUCGUGCAUUCGGUUGAUUUUUACAAUCAUUGCGAAUAUCCGUACGAAGAUGAGAUGCCAAAUCGUUGUGGUAUCAUCCAUGCACGUGGACCACCGCCACAGAACAAAGUCACACAAAAUGAAAUCCAAGAAUACAUUCGUAAUUUCGAGGGGAAAAUGUCAUCGUUUUUAACGAAAAGUGUACCAUUGGCCGAUACCGAAUUGAAGAAGCUCGGCGCCAAGGAUACCGAUGCCGAAGUUGAGAAAUUCGUCCAGGCAAACACACAAGAAUUGGCCAAAGAUAAAUGGCUUUGCCCAUUGUCGGGCAAAAAAUUCAAAGGGCCCGAAUUCAUUCGCAAGCACAUCUUCAAUAAACACGGCGAAAAAGUGGACGAAGUGAAAAAAGAGGUGGAAUACUUCAAUAACUAUUUGAAAGACGCGAAACGGCCACAAUUACCCGAACAUCCAUCGGGUAACACAAAGAAACCACCCGUCGAAGCACAGCCACCGCCACAAAGUAUGCGACCAACGGGUUAUCCGGGACCUGGAUACGGGCCACCAUAUGGUGGGUAUGGCGGACAUAUGCCAGCCCCGAUGCGAUCCAGAGGUGGUUUCGGCGGAAGAAGAGAGUUGCCCAUGGAACAUCAAAGACGUAUUAUUGGUUACCAAGACUUGGACGCUCCACUUAACGAUUUUGACACAUCAAUCUUUUAAAUCAAUUUUUUUUAAACAAUUUUAUUCUACCGCAACAAUUGGAAUCGGAACAAAAUUCCAUCGACCCAUGUCCGAUUCAGCCUUAUGAAAAAAUGGAACAAUAAAAGAAAAAAAAUUACUUCACAAAAAGAACUCAAAAUUCAUGGCGAUAAUAUGAAUUUCAUAGAGAAUACUAACAUCAGUAUGAAAUUUUACCAAGAAAACACCAAUUUUUCAGUUGACUUUUAACUUUUUUUAAUUAAUGAAAAAAACCGAAGCUAAUAAAUAAAUUGAUUCUGUGGCAAACAACUAUACAGAAUUUGUUUACUGUAUUUUUCACGCAGAAUACCAUUUUUUUUCUAAAUUGAAUUGUUCUUACACAUUGAUGAGGUCAAGCAAAAUCGUUCGCAACGUCAGAAAAAAAAAAUAAAUGAAUGAAAAAGUGCGGCUUUUUCAAAUGGAGUUUA